GCCCCGCACUCUCGCGAGACGCGCCGCGCGCACCCCGGAAGCGGCUGGGGGACCCGGAAGCGGCGGCGGCGGCGGGACAGGAUGGACGACACGCUCUUCCAGCUGAAGUUCACAGCGAAGCAGCUGGAGAAACUCUCCAAAAAAGCUGAGAAAGACUCCAAGGCCGAGCAAGCCAAGGUCAAAAAGGCCCUGCAGCAGAAGAACGUGGAGUGUGCCCGUGUCUAUGCAGAGAAUGCCAUCCGCAAGAAGAACGAGGGGCUCAGCUGGCUGCGCAUGGCCUCCCGCGUGGACGCCGUGGCCUCCAAGGUCCAGACAGCAGUGACCAUGAAGGGGGUGACUAAAAACAUGGCCCAGGUGACCAAGGCCUUGGACAAGGCCCUGAACGCCAUGGACCUGCAGAAGGUGUCAGCAGUGAUGGAUAAAUUCGAGCAGCAGGUUCAGAACUUGGAUGUUCACACGUCGGUGAUGGAGGACUCCAUGAGCUCGGCCACCACCCUGACCACCCCCCAGGAGCAGGUGGACAGUCUGAUCGUCCAGAUUGCUGAGGAGAACGGCCUGGAGAUCAUGGACCAGCUGAGCCAGCUCCCCGAGGGGGCUGCAGCCGUGGGGGAGAGCUCGGUGCGGUCCCAGGAGGACCAGCUCUCCCGGAGGUUGGCUGCCCUGCGGAAUUAAGGUCUCCAGUCACCCCUGUGGACUGCUGCUGGGACUUCCUCACCUCCACCACGUCCUGGCUCCAACCAGUUGGCUGCUCCCUCCUCCAGCAGCACGUCCCCACCUUCAGCCUCUGCUUUUGGGGUGCAGCCAUGCUGGUGGGGGGCUCGGAGCAGGGGUGUUCCCUCUGAGCAGGGACGUUCCCUCUCCGGGCUGCAGGGACACUUUGCAGGUUCUGGUUUUGGUGUGGUUUUCCUUUUUUUUGAGGGUUGCUGCUGCUGGUUCCCAGCAAAGUCCCAGCUCCUGGUUUGAACACUGGGAAUCCCUCCGGGGGGGUUUCCGGGGGUGCCUCCCCCUUCUCCCUCCUCUCCCGGCAGUGGGAGGGGUUUUCCCGGGGAGCUGGAGCAGGGGGAUCCCCUUGGGGAUGUCCCCUCCCUCCUGCAGCACUUUGGGAAGGGCUGUGACCCCCCGGGGGGGUUCUGGGAAGGUCAGUGCCUUGCAGGAAGGGGGAGGUGACACGGUGGCCACCACCCCCCGGGCAGGAGCUGUUUGCCACCCCCACCUUCCCCCUCCCCAGCCCCUUGUCCUGCCGGGCCCAGUGUCCCCCCAGCUCCCUGCCACAAAGUGACCUUGGAAUGGCUCCUCCUGCCCCGUGCAACCCCCCCUGCCCACCCCGUGCCUGGAAAUCCAGCCCCUUCCCACCUCUGGGCCCCCACCUCCAGCCUGGUGGCAGCGAUGGCCUCAGCUGUGUCCCCAGAUGUCCCCCAGCCAGGUGUGUGUGACAGUGAGGAGCAGCUCUGCCUGGGGGGGGGUGUUUGUGUGUCCCCCCCAUCCCCUCCUGCUCCGUGCUCAGAGCAGGGGCUGCUCCCAGGGGCUGCAGGGAACGUGGCUGCUCAUCCCUCAGAGCUUUCCCCUGGGGAUGGAGCUCUCUGGGCCCCUUCUCCUCCCCCCUUCCCAGGCCCUGCCCGUGCUGGGGGGCGAGGGGAAGCUCCUGGGGAAGGAAGCACCGUUUCCUUUGGCUCUUCACCCGCGGGCCGGUUCCGGAGCCCCCCUGCAGCCUGGCAGCUCCCAUCCCUCACUUCCAGAGGGAACUUGAAGGCUGUGCCAGGGGGGGUGGCAGCUCUGGCCCGCAGCAGGGCCACCAGAGCAGCCGUGGGGCCCAGCUCCCCCCACACAACCAGUUUUCACCGUUUUUAUCAGUUCUCCUGAGUUUGGUGGCGUUGGCAGAGCGUGGCAGGGAGCGGUGGAGCCGCCUGCCCCCAGCUGGGGAGGGGCCCUGGGGUGGUGACCCUGGGCCAGGAGGUGGCUUUGGGCCACUGAGUUCCUGGUGUGAGGUGGGAGCUUCGUGUUUUGCGUCCCUUCCCAGGGCUACCAGGUCCUGCUGCCUGGGUGUCCCCGUGGGGUGGGGGCCGGGACCCCCGAGCUGCUCCUGCUGUCUGAGGGUCCUGUGGUCUCUGUGGGUUUUUAAAGUUUGUCUUGUUUGCCUUUUUCCUUCUCCCAGCCCUGUUCAUCACCUUGAAAUAAACAACCUGAACCUC